GACGGCGUCACGGGCGCGAUGACCCGGCGAGAGAGGAGGAGGUGACAGGCAGAGGGACGCAGUCCUCCUCCGGCGACACUGCUCCUGUGUGUGAGUGAGUGAGAUUACACGGUGAACGGUUCUGGAUAUUCCGGUUAUCCCUCUUACUAUGCCUGUUAUCGCCGGACUGUGAGGCUUCUGCGACGGUUAGCUUUGUAGCUACAUGGCCAGCUAGCACGGCACCGCUAACUGUUGUUAGCAGCUGGCUUCAGCUCAACACACGGACCCGGCGAAGUGAAGAGCCGAGGAGGUGGAAUGGCCAGAGUUCCCUCGGACACCUCUUUCAGAAGACACAGCGACUAAGCAGACGGAACAGAUCCACAUUUCUUUAGAGGUCCGAGUCACCGGUUGUUGGUGUCACUCUAAUCCCCAUCAUGGUGCAGAAGUACCAGUCCCCUGUGCGGGUGUACAAGCAACCCUUUGAGCUGGUGAUGGAGGCCUAUGAGCGCAGAUUCCCCACCUGUCACCUCAUCCCCAUGUUUGUGGCGAGUGACGUGAUGGUUGAGGAGACCAGCGAAGACGGGUCAACCAACAGAGUUGAGCGCCGCUGUGCCCUGGACGUGGACGCUCCACGCCUCCUCAAAAGGAUCGCUGGUGUGGACUACGUCUACUUCAGCCAGAAAAACACUCUGAACAGAAAGGAGAGGACGCUGCACAUUGAGUCCCAUAAUGAGACCUUCUCCAACAGGGUCAUCAUUCAUGAGACCUGCUGUUAUUCGGUUCAUCCGGAGAAUGAGGAGUGGACGUGCUUCGAGCAGACCGCCAGUCUGGACAUCAAGUCAUUCUUUGGCUUUGAGAGCACGGUGGAAAAGAUUGCUAUGAAGCAGUACGCCAGCAGUAUCAACAAGGGAAAAGAAAUAAUCGAGUACUACCUGAAGGAGCUAGAAGAUGAGGGGAUCACUCGCAUACCCCGCUGGAGUUCCUCCUCCCAUUUCCUGCCUCCCCCCAGGCCGACCAGCCUAAUUACCAGCCCGCCUGACCCCCCCAAGCUCGUGGUCACACCUGCUGUUUCGAUUCCACUGCCCGCCAACGCCAAAGACAGCUCCUCCCAAGAAACCAAGCAGGACAGCACCGCGCUUCAGGCAGACAGCCUAACUGAGAUUCUGGCCAGUACACCUGAAGACAAGCUGGAUGCAGACUAUAUCAAACGUUACCUAGGCGACCUGACCCCCCUGCAGGAGAGCUGUCUGAUCAGACUUCGUAAAUGGCUGCAGGAGUCACACAAGGGAAAGAUCCCUAAGGACGAGCACAUCCUGCGUUUCUUGCGGGCGAGGGACUUCAACAUAGACAAGGCCCGUGAGAUCCUGUGUCAGUCGCUGACCUGGAGGAAGCAGCACCAGGUGGACUAUCUGCUGGAGACCUGGAGUUCACCACAGGUCCUGCAGGACUACUACACCGGGGGCUGGCACCACCAUGACAGAGAUGGUCGUCCAUUGUACAUCCUAAGGCUUGGCCAGAUGGACACUAAAGGACUGGUCCGUGCUCUGGGAGAGGAGUCUCUACUCAGACAUGUGCUGUCUAUCAAUGAGGAGGGUCUGAGACGCUGUGAGGAGAACACCAAGGUGUUUGGUCGACCCAUCAGCUGUUGGACUUGUCUGGUAGAUCUGGAGGGACUGAACAUGCGUCACCUGUGGCGUCCGGGAGUCAAGGCGCUGCUGAGGAUCAUCGAGGUUGUGGAGGCCAACUACCCAGAGACUCUGGGACGGCUGCUUAUACUAAGAGCUCCCAGGGUCUUCCCUGUCUUAUGGACACUGGUGAGUCCAUUCAUUGAUGAAAACACCCGAAAGAAGUUCCUCAUCUAUGCAGGCAAUGACUACCAGGGUCCUGGAGGUCUGGUCGACUACAUCGACAAAGAGAUCAUCCCCGACUUCCUGGGAGGAGAGUGUAUGUGCGAGGUACCAGAAGGCGGCCUGGUUCCCAAAUCCAUGUACCGCACAGCCGAGGAGGUGGAGAGUGAGGACAUCCGCCUGUGGACAGAGACAAUCUACCAAAGCGCCAGCAUCUUCAAGGGAGCACCGCACGAGCUGCUGAUAGAAAUCAUCGACGCCUCCUCAGUCAUUACCUGGGACUUUGACAUGUGCAAGGGCGACGUCGUUUUCAACAUCUUCCACUCCAAGCGGGCCCCCCAGGCGCCACGCAAAGAGGCCUUGGUGGCCCACGGCAUCACUUCUCCAGUCGUCAACAACGUCCAGCUUAUCGACAAGUCGUGGACGCUGGGGCAAGAUUACAGCAUGGUGGAGUCCCCACUUACUUGUAAGGAGGGGGAGAGCGUACAGGGCUCCCAUAUAACGCGAUGGCCAGGUUUCUACAUCCUCCAAUGGAAGUUCCACAACAUGCCGGCCUGCUCGGCCACUAACCUGCCCCGAGUGGACGAUGUGCUGGCCACCUUGCAGGUCUCCUCGCACAAGUGUAAAGUCAUGUACUACACCGAAGUGUUGGGAUCUGAGGACUUCAGGUUUGUGAAUGUAACCGCUUGCUGUGAUGUGCAGAGUUUGGGUUCGAUGACCAGCCUGGAGUCGAGCCACAGCGGCUUCUCUCAGCUCAGCGCCGCCACCACCUCCUCCAGCCAAUCACAAUCCAGCUCGAUGAUCUCCAGGUAGAAAAUGGAAGCAGAGGACUUCAAUCCCCAUAAUCCCCCCCCUGACUGACCUUACCAUCAACAUUGAAGCCAACCCCCCCUUCUUGUUUUGGACUCUGUUCCUAUUGCACAGCCAGUCUCUAUAGAACUGAAGCAUGCAAGCUUGCACAAACAGAAGACAAAGAAUACAAAUAAAUCUGAAGCAAAAAGAAAAAAAGGAGACUGUGCAAAUUAAAGGGCUGAUUUUUGCACAAAGGUCAAAUAUUUAUUGUGCCUGGCGUCUCUGCUAGGCAGCAGCUACAAUCAGUAUAUUAGCGGUAUGUUUGUUUGCAUCACGUGCAGGGUGGGAAGGUUAAAAGUCAAGAAUUGGGUCGAGGGGCCUUUGUGGCACCGGAAGCGGGAAGAAGCAAUAUUCUCAUUCUGGGAACGACGAGACGGGACGACAACACUGGAGGCGCUGUUACAUAUAUGCACUUACUUAUGUGUACAUUCACAUACACAGCACUGAGAUGAGGAAGAGCUCAUUCCUGUGCGGUGGCUGAAAAGCCUGGAUGUGCUGCUACAUACAUUAAACAACACCAACAUGUCAACAUACAAAAUGGACGUUUGAUGCAAAAAAAAUGUUUGCCAUAUUGUUACCAGAGAGGUUUGUUUAAUCUGGUGAACUGUUUAUAGGUCAAGUGUGGGUGCGGUAAACUCUUAACUAGACCUGGGUCGAAUUUCAGCUGCAUAUAAUGUUGUUUCUUUUUAAACAGUGUGGAGUUAACAGAGUGGGUGGAGCUCAGUGAAUCAUGACAAUACAGAUGGAGUAAGCACAGUCUCCACUUGACAGGAAAGUGUACAAACGUUUUCCUGCAUCUUUUUGGCGUCCAUUGUAUUGUCACAUGACGCAAAGCUCACGCAUCUGUCUCACGAGGGCUUUAUCACACUUUGAAAAGCAGACUAUUUGACCCGGGUCUGACUCUCAGCGAAGUAAUCCACUAGAAGCAAUAACAGGAGUUUGACUUUCUACUGUGUGAAAAGUUUCUAUUUAUCAUUUUGAGGUUUGUGGAGGAUCAUGGGUGCCGAUUGCAGAUGACCCUCUUGCUGUGGACAGGCAGACAGACAGGCAAACUGAGCCAGUGAACAGCUAAACUCUGGCAUCAGCAUUAUCACUUGUUGUCUCUGUUACCAUUAUGUCAGGAGAGAAGCAAAAAAAAAAAAAAAACAUGUCUUCCCAGAUUUUCUCCUGGGCACCUUUUUAUUAUCCUUUUAUUUCUGUAAACGUUACCUGGAAAUGUCCAUUGUUAGUUUGAUUUAUGUUCAUUCUGUGCACAGUUGAGGAAUGAGUCAGAAUCAGGUCGUCAAGGUGAUGCCUUGUCACUGAUUUGUGAAUGUGCUACUGAUUGGUCAGCACUCGCGAACCAAUGAAAUGCCUGAAUUUGGAAGGUUCUUGUGUCAUUGGGCAGCACUGCCGUCAUUCGAUAUUUGUUUUUCCAGAGAGGUGUAGAUUUCAGUGUGCAUUAGGGGUGAAUGUUACUUUGUGAUUAUCAUUUGGAGGCAUGUUGAAACUGUACAUGUGCUCGUGUUGGUUGGAGCUAAAAAUGUUACUGAUAUUUUGGGAUGAGUUUUUGAUGAGGUGAAGCAGUGUGGUGUUUUUGCUGCAUGGUCACGUGGUGAUUGGGUUUACAGAUGUAUUAUUUAAAAGUUAAGAAAUAGCCAUUUUAAGAGCCAUGUGUCAAUAAAUACCAUUUUAGCCUUUGUAAGCAUCACUUAGAAACGUACCUGCUUUUUUUUCAAGGUCAUCACUGUAAUACAUGAGCGAUUGUGAAUUAAGAAACAUUUCUAAAUGCAACACAUCCAUGCAACAGUUUUUUAAAUACACUAUUUGGUUAAUGAGCACUGAUGACUUCACAUAGAUCCGACUGCCCGCAGAGGGCAGAAACAAUCACCAUUGCCAGGAGUCAUCAGGUGCUGUUGCCAUGGUAACCGAGUGCAGCUCACAGCAAAAACAAACAAACGAAAAAAAGAAAAAAAAAACCCGAGAUGGAGGCUUCCUCCUGAAACUCCUGGCUCUGCCUGUUGUCGUUUUUGAUACAUGCUUGUUUGAAACUGUAAAUGAAAGGUCAAGGGUUAACGUGUGAUAACUAUGUCAUAACUGCAAUAACAUGAAAUGCUUUAGUGAGAAAAAGGACCUCCUCAGACUGAGGGAUAUUAGGUGUGAAUAGUUGUGUAAAGGAGUAAAGGUUAUGAACGGUGGCUUUUAAGAGAUGCCUGUAAAAUGUGUGUAAACUCUGACUCGGCUGCACAGAGCAAGUGUGUUUCCACUCACGAGUCUGGAGGAGCAUGUCUCAAUCACACAACUAACCUUCCUUUACCUGAUAUUUCUUCAGGAGACUAGAUUUCCAUUCCUUCAACGGUUCAACUGAUGAAACAAGUAGCAUCAGUUCAAUUAACUACUCAUAUUUCCCUUUCUCCCUCUUUGUCUCUUGUACACUCCAGUUUUACAGUUUUGCUUUCUAACACUCCAUGGUGUGUAUCUAUAGAAAUCAGAGUGGACCUUUUGAUUGAAGCCAUAGGCAUAAACACUGAACCUGUUCAUCAAGAUCUCAAUGACAAGUGAGGGCUAUAACUGUUUGUCUUGACUGUUCAACACAUUUGUCUGUCUCUGCUUCUUUUUCUGACAUCGUUGCAUAUCUUCUCUUUAUCUUCAUGUGAGAAAUAAUGUAAAAAGUACAUAUUUGGAUUAAUGAGAAUAUGGCGCCUUUACAUGUUUUAAAAACAUUAAACUUGAACUAUGAGCAAG